GUUAUAGCAAUCCACUUUAGAAUCGUAGAAUUUCAGGAAAAACUGAUAAACUUGACUAAUGAAAUACGUCGGAUCGAAGCGAAAGGCUUUAAGGAUGAUGCAGAGUAUCAGAAACUCAAUGACACCAUUAAGGAGUUGGAGAAGAUUGGCAAAGACCUGAGUACCAUUCUGAAUAUAACUGAUUUGGAGCUUGAAGUCGUGCUCAAAGAGGUCAACAAUAUCUCCAGCAUUGUGUGGCAGCUGGAAACUUUUGAUGAAAACAAUGUGCUGGCAACACGAAGGGAAAUUGACAAACUCCGCAAACAACUGGCUGAUUGUGAAGAAUCUGCUGGGAACCCGAACUUUGGCCUACCUUCUGCUGGAAGUUGUGAUAACAAAAUCUUAUUGAAUGUUAGCAAGCCAUUCAUAGUGAAACUCAACUGGCGAGGCUUCAGUUACAAAUACGGCAGUUGGGGCAAGGACUUUGCCUUGGGGACCAAGAAUCCAGGCACAUACUGGGUUGCUCCACUCAACACAGAUGAACGUUUAAUGGAGACCUAUCGCACCUACAGCAAUUAUAAGGACCUACUGUUAUACAAAAACCAAGUGGAAAGAAGCCUUUCCCAACACAUUGGGCUCACCUGGAACUACAUCAACUGCGGACAGGGAAGCGGGAUGAUUUUGUUCAACAACAGCCUCUAUUACAACUGCUACAACUCCAGGAACCUGUGCAAGCAGAAUCUGGCAAACAACCACAUUAAACGUGAGAAAGUGGAUGAUGCUGUUUUCAACAACUGGUUCUCCUACAGCGGUGUCAAUUGGCAGGACUUUGAUUUUGCUGGUGAUGAGAAGGGCUUGUGGGUAACUUAUUCCACAGAGAAGAGUAAAGGGAAGCUAAUCAUUGGGAAAGUAAAUCCUAAGACUCUAAAAAUACUGAAGACUUGGGAAACCUCACUGAACAAGCCUGAAGUGACCAACACGUUCAUGAUCUGUGGGGUAUUAUAUGCCCUCAAGCGAGUGAGUGCACAUAAGGAAUUAAUAUUUUAUAAGUAUGACACCAAUACAGGCAAAGAAAACACAUUAGACAUUAUAAUGGAGAAACUAUCAGACACAGCGCAAAGUGUGAGCUACAACCCCAAUGAUCACAAGAUAUACAUGUACAAUGAUGGCUACCUGGUGACUUACGACAUGAUGUUCAACUAUCAGCCUCCAAGAACAAGGCGCAGUGUGCCUAGCGAUGAAGGGCAAGGGGCUCUUGUUGUAGCUAGUGGAGGCAGGCAACAACUUGCAAUGACCCAGGCGCAGGAUGAUUGGACUUUGUACAACACACAAGGCACCCGAGAGGUGUACUCCCAUCGGGGCAGUGGGCUCCGAGAGAGUCUUUUUGACAAAGGAAUGUUUCCAGACUCGGGGAGUUCGGGAGAGACCGGGAGUUCCCGACGAGACUUAGAAGACUGGAUGUUCGAGCCGUUGGGAGAGAGCGCCCGUGCAGGAAUCUCGGAGAGGGCUGCAGACUUCCAGGCUGAGGGAGACUAUGGGCCGCCUCCUGAAUACCAACCCCGGGAAACAAUUCCGGAAGAGACUACCGGGGAACGUCUAGAGGAGCUGGAACACUCGCUGGACGUUAAGUACAAAGAGAAGGAAGGCAGAAAACAACAGAUUUCCAGAGUAUGA